GAGAGAGAGAGAGAGCCGUGGUAACUUCAAAAAAACCCUAACCGAUCUCUCUUCCUGCAAAACCCAACAAAGAUGCAAACUUUGUUCUUAAAAUGUAUCGACCCUAAACCCAACAAUUCAACCUUCCUCCGUUUCUUCUCUUCUGUAUCGUCUCUUACUCUCUCUCGCACCUCAAACCCAUCCCUCUCCAAUUUCCUCAUUGAAACCUUGGCAUUCGCUGAACCACGUGCCGUUUCCAUCUCCAAUCGCUUCCCACCCAUCAAAACCCUACAAAAGCCACUGGCCGUGGUUCAAUUUCUCAGACAAUUCGGCUUAUCCAACGUCCAAAUUCAAUCUUCCGUUCGGCUCAACCCCAAAAUCCUCUUCUCCGACAUAGAAAAGACUUUGAAGCCCAAGCUGCAGUUCUUUAAGGACCUGGGUCUCACUGGUCCUGAGUUGGGUAAGUUCAUUUCGAAGCAUCCUAGCGUUGUGCAUGAUAGUUUCGAGAAAAAAUGGAUACCCUGCAUUGAUAUGAUUAAGAAAACCCUCGUAAAUGAUAAAAACAAUCAGGAUUUGAUUAGGGUUCUGCAGAGGUCCUAUUGGGUCGUCUCCAAACCUGAAUUGAAAUUGAAACGCAGCAUUGCCUUCUUGGAGGGCUGCGGCAUUGUUGGGUCCCAGCUCUCGAUGCUUUUGAGGACGCAACCUUGGCUUUUCUUUCUGCAAGAGCCGGCUCUUAGGAACAACAUUUCGCGAGUUUUAGAUAUGGGGUUUUCUGUUGAUUCAAGGAUGUUGGUUCACGCUGUGUACACAGUUUGUGGCAUAAGUGGUGAGACUCUUAGUAGUAAGUUCGAAAUGUUUAGGAGUUUUGGGUUCUCAAUGGAUGAAUGUACAGGCAUGUUUAGGAAGGCUCCGAGUUUACUUAGGACUUCAGAAGAUAAGUUGAAGUUUGGGAUUGAUUUCUUCUUGAAUGAUGUCAAGUUGGAAAGGGACGUGCUAGUUAGUAACCCUAGUUGUCUAAUGUUCAGCAUGGAGAAGAGAGUAAUUCCUCGUUAUAGAGUUUUACAGGUUAUCAAGUCCAAGAGGCUAUUACAGAAGGGGCCAAGUUUUGUUUGUGUACUUCGUUUGUCGGAAGAGGAGUUUCUAACGAAAUUUAUUUCAAGGUUUAGAGAUGACGAGGAGGAACUUUUGGUGACUUACAAGGGCAAUCCUUUGGAUUCUUGACUCUUCAGUGUAAUAGGAAAUCUGAACCCUUAAUUCAUUCAUGUUUUAAACUAUCAUGACCAAUUUCUCUAUUGAUGUCGUACUUUGGGGUUGCUUAGCGGUGAGAAACCCCCCUAAGGGAAAGCCAUGGGCACCUCUGGAACCACAACUAGAGUCAGAACUCGGGUUUUCGCCACAUAUUUCCUUCAAGUCCCAACUCUGAGUACUCUUUUGAAAAAUCCAUCGUAUUUUGGUGUUUAAAGUUGGCAAGUUCUAGCUUUAUGGUAUGCAGUGUACUGUCGUUGACAAUUUUUUUAACAUGAUAGCAUGGUUUAAUAGCCAUAAGCAAUUAGGGUGCACUGUGUGGAACCAUAUGGGAAUGAGGCAGGUUAAGGGUGACUUAGUUGGAUAUGUAAUUUGCUGAAGAAGUGGUCUCAAUUUCCCGAAGAAGAUUAUCGACAACAAGGGGUGGCUUUCUUGUUUGAGUAAAAAGAUUAGACUGGGCAUGAAAAGGGUUUUCUUUGACGAAUCCUCCAGGUAGGUACAGACAUGUCUCUCACCUCACAUACAACAGGUAAUUACUGGAGCUAAGGAUUAACGGUAACCUCAAGGGAAGUGAGGAAUGAAAUAUCAGGCCUUGGGACACCCUUUUGGGUUUUGGACCUUGUGGAUUUGGGUGCUGAAUGUAGGCAACUUGUGGUUGUAUGAUAUCCCGGUUGUAGAGAGAUUAGCGGUAAUGCUAAGCAAUCAGGGUGCAAUGUUUCAUUCAGGAAAUACUGAAGUGUGACUGCUUCCGAAGAAUUGAUCUCAAUUCCAAAUGAAGUCAUGAAGACCAUCAAAGCAUCACUGAAUGCAGUUUUCUUCAACUGAAGAAUUGAAGGGAAUAGUGGAAGGUACUAGCAACUUACCCUCUUGUGGCACGUCAUAGUGGUUCUGAAUAACAACAGAUUUAUUGCAUUUGGUCAUCGGAGUGAACUUGUGUAUUAACAAGUCCUUUCGACUUGCCCCCGUAGUUCUUUGUUUUUGAACUGGGAUUUCACUGGUAGUUGGCUAGCUGAAUUCUUGCCCCCUCGCAAUGUAGUUUUACAA